GCGGCGCCGGGGCCGGAGCGGGAGCGAUGCGGGCGGCGGCGGCGGGUGGUCCCGUACGGCCUGGCUGACGGACCGGGUCUGUGCCGAAGAUGUCGGGCCGGGCGGGCGGCCCUUCGCCGGCGGGCAAGAAGCAGGUGCGCUUCGCGCGUCCCUUGCAGCAGCUGGCUGAGGAGGAGGAGGAGGAGGAGGAAGAUGCGGCGGCUGAGGAGGAGGCGUCGCUGUGCCGGAAGCUGCCUCCCGGCGGCCUUUCCCUUACCCGGGCCCGACGGGAGCGCGGCGACGACACGGGACUCGAGCCCCGGGUGAUGGAGGUUCGCGGCGGCCGCUGGGUGGAUACCGUGCUGCUGUGUGCCGCCUUCCUCGGGCUGGGGAUGGGCAUUGCUGUUUUGGGGCCUACUUUCAAAGAGCUGGCAAUUAAUGUCAAUAGGAAUAUCAGCGACAUCUCCUUCAUCUUUGUGGGCCGUUCACUGGGCUACGUCGGGGGCUCGUUGGUUGGUGGGCUGCUGUUCGACUACAUGGAUCACCACUUGUUAAUCGGAAUUUCCAUGCUGAUGACUGCAGUGGGACUGUACGUUAUUCCGUGGUCAACAAAGAUACCGCUGUUGAUGGUACUGAUGUCCCUCAUUGGAAUUACAAUGGGCAUGCUGGAUACAGGUGGAAAUUUGCUGAUUUUGGUUACAUGGGGCAAGAAUGCUGGAUUGCACAUGCAGGCCCUACACUUCAGUUUUGCUUUGGGUGCAUUUCUGACUCCAAUCCUGGCAAAACCAUUGUUGGGCAACAUGCAAAAUAUCAGUGACAGAGUGAAUGACCCAAUAAUCAACACUGCAGUCGGGCCAUUGAACACUGUGAAAAUGAUUAUUCAGAGCUUCUCCCCUUUGGUUUGGACAUACCUGAUCAUUGGAAGCUUUGUUCUUUUUGUCUCCUUCUCAUUUUUCAUGAUUUAUUUAAAGUCUAGUCCAAAUCGAGGGAGAACUGAUGGUUCAUCGCAGGAGAUUCCAUUUGCAAGAUACCAUAUUGCAAUUUUGCUGCUUCUCUUUCUCUUCUUCUUCUGGUACGUAGGGGCUGAAGUGGCCUAUGGAUCCUAUAUUUUUACCUACGCAAAAGACUUUGUUCAUAUGAGUGACAAUCAAGCUGCGGGUUUAAACUCCUUGUUCUGGGGAACUUUUGCUUUAGUAAGAGGUCUUGCAAUAUUAUUUGCUGCAUGUCUCUAUCCUGGAACUAUGAUACUACUCAGCAUUAUUGGCUGCACCAUUUCCUCCCUGGUUCUUACACUUUAUAGCACUAACCACAUCUCUCUCUGGUUAGGCACUGGCCUUUAUGGAGCCUCAAUGGCCACCACCUUCCCCAGUGGCAUUACCUGGGUUAAGCAGUACACGGAGAUCACUGGAAGGUCAGCUGGUUUAUUUGUUUUCGGAGCUGCAUUAGGUGAGAUGGUUCUUCCAGCUGUAGUUGGGUACCUACAGGGUAUCAGUGCUAUCAACCAUUACCCUAUAUUAAUGCUGACUGCCCUGCUCACCUCCACGAUGACAGCCAUCUUGUUUCCUGUGAUGUACAAGCUGGCCACUUCUCCAAAUGGUGUCAAACCACAGAGUGAAGAUCAAAAAGCUUUGUUGGGUUCAGGAACUAAUGAGGAUGAUGACUGUGAUGAUGAUGCUCCUGAGGAAUGGAAUGAUGCAGAUUUUGAAGUCAUUGAAAUGUGUGAUGUAAAGAAUGGCACAGACAAGAAUCCAGUUGGAAAUGCAUCAGGAAGAUCUAAGGAACAGUCCUCUCCAGAACGAAUGAUCUUUUCUUCUGUUCCCUCCCCUCCAUAUCCAGGUUGCUCUCCAAAAAAGAGACUGCUCAACUUGGAAAGAGAAAAAAAUGACUGAAUGUUCAAGGUUUAGAUGUGUACAAGACAGCACACCAACAUUGUAAUAAACCAGAUCAAUUAGGAUGCAUUUUAUAAUAAUUUUCAUAGAAAAAAUCUGAAGCUAUGAAUGUAUAAAGAAGUUGCUUGUAAUUUUGUGGUGGUUGUUAGGUUAAAUUAACAUGAGUAAAUUUUAUUGUUUUAAUGCUGAAAAGAGUUUUGAAUACUUGCAUGACAGUUUUGAUGCUGCUUUGAAAGUUGUGGGAUGUCUUAAGCUAUCUCCAGCAGAAAUUGAUUUAAGGACUGGGGUAUCACAAUAAUCCAGAUGAGAAAACUGCAGAUUUUAAUUAUUAUCCUUGCAAAGAUAACAGGUACUUGUCACAUAUAUAGUAUCAUAUAAGAAAUGUAUUAAUUUAAUUUUGGUAGUAGUAGGGGUGAAGUAUCUCCAAUAUAUGGCUGUGCAUUUGAGAGGAGAUGAAUGUAAAAAUGCUGUCAGGGUUGGAACCUUGAUUUUGACAAGACCUCUAUCCAUGUAUUUGGAGUGUACUGAAAACUUGUGAAAAGUACUUUGAAGUGAUAUUAGUAAAAUUUAUAACACCCAAUAAAUUUGCCAGAUUGUCAGAAUGUUGAUGUGUAUUUUCAAGCAGUGCACUAUUGCGGUUACAGUUUUAAUACACUAAUCUGUCUAUUUUAACAAAAACGAGAAAAUCUGGAUGCUGGAAAGCCAAAGCAACACACACAAAAUGCUGGAGGAACGAGGGAGCUUGGCCCGAAACGCCAACUGUUUAUUUCUUUCCAUAGAUGCUGCCUGGCCUGCUGAGUUUCUCCAGCAUCUUGUGUGUGUUGUCCUGUCUGUAUUUUUGUUGCAUAUGUUUUAAGGAAAAGGCUAAAGCUCUUAAUUUCUGGGCUGGAGCCUGAAACAUGAAUUACUUUUCAUUGAAAACAAGCUAAUAAUUUCAUAUAUGAUCAGAUUAAAAUUAAACUUUAAUUUUAGAGUAAA